CGAGGGAAUCUCGACUGCUAUGAGUUAUCCUUUUCUUCUUCCUUCGUUGAUAUUUGUCAUUGUAUUGAAGCAUUGAAAAAUAAUUUUUUGACUGAAUGGUGUCAAAUGCUUCAAAGCUGAAAGCUUUAUAAGGUUUCAGCCUCCCUUCAGACCAGUGUCAUUGGAAAUGCUUCAAAGCUGAAAGCUUUUUAAGGUUUCCCCCUCCCCUCGCACUGUUCUCAUUGACCUCUAUAUCUUUGUCUCAGAAAAAAUGCUUCAAAGCUGAAAGCUUUUUAAGGUUUCAUCUUCCCUUCACAUCUGACACAUUGACCUCUCUGUCUUUGUUUCAGAAAAUCUGAUUCAAGGCUGAAAGCUUUUUAAGGUUUCAUCCUCCCCGUACACAAAUCACAUUGACCUCUUUAUCUGUUUAUCGGAAACAUGGCGGUCGGUCAGAAUAUAGCUUUCUUGCUGGUUCUGCUCUGUCUCCUUUCUUUCACACCGGUUGGUUUCAUGGCAGCAACCUCUGAUCCCCAGGUUGAGGCCUUGAUGGCUUUCAAGGCUUCGAUCUCCAAUGACCCAUUCGGGGCAUUGGUGGAUUGGGAUACUGCCAUAAAUCAUUGCAAUUGGUCUGGGGUGGCCUGUGACCCCUCGACGAAUGCUGUCAUCUCGAUCGCUCUCAUUGAGAAGCAACUUAAAGGCACCAUAUCACCAUACCUUGGAAACAUCUCCACCCUUCAGAUCCUUGACUUCUCUUCAAAUUCUUUCUAUGGUCCAGUCCCCCCUCAGCUAGGAUUGUUGUCGGAGCUCGGUGGAUUGACACUAUAUGACAAUCAUCUCUCUGGUUUGAUUCCUCCAGAACUUGGCAACUUGAAAAAUCUUCAGUUAUUGGACUUGAGCACCAACUUCUUCAAUGGAAGCAUCCCUGAAAGCAUCUGCAACUGCACAGCACUGUCUGCUUUGGCCUUUGAUACGAAUAAUUUGACUGGUGCGAUUCCUUCAUGCAUCGGUGAUCUAGUUAAUCUCGAGGUAUUCCAAGCUUACAUCAAUAAUUUGGUUGGUCCAUUGCCUCCUUCAUUUGGUAAGUUAACAGGCUUGAAAACUCUAGACUUGAGUGUCAAUCAGUUGUCAGGCAUCAUACCUCCUGAAAUUGGAAAUUUUUCUCACUUGAUGAUACUUCAGCUUUUCCACAAUCAGUUUGUUGGGCACAUCCCACCAGAACUAGGCCAUUGCACAAACCUCACUCUGUUAAAUAUUUAUAGCAAUGGAUUUACUGGUAGCAUUCCCCCUGAGCUUGGAGAGCUUGUUAAUUUACAAUCAUUACGAAUAUAUGAUAAUAAGCUAUCUUCGACCAUUCCCCCCUCGCUAUCUCAUUGCAAGUCGUUAAUUUUUUUGGGCCUUUCUCAGAAUGAUUUAAAUGGUUCGAUCCCGUCUGAACUUGGGGCUUUGAGCUCACUUCAGACACUGACUCUGCAUGAGAAUAGGUUGACAGGGAAAAUUCCUUCAUCGCUGAUGAACUUGACAAACCUCUCUUAUUUGGCUUUUAGUUUGAAUUCACUUUCUGGGCCGAUACCUUCGAACUUAGGAUCACUUUAUAAGCUGGUAAAGCUGGUCAUUCUUGGCAAUUAUUUGAGUGGUCCGAUACCCUCAAGCAUCAUUAACUGUUCCCAUCUGGUAAAUGUUAGUAUGUCUGCCAACAGACUCACAGGGGGGAUACCUCUGGGCUUGGGGAAAUUGCAGAACCUCACAUUCUUUUCAGUUGGAGAUAACUUACUCUCUGGAACCAUUCCUGAAGACCUUUUCAACUGCACUAGUCUCACUACUCUCAGUUUGGCACACAACAAUUUGACAGGAUCAGUGAGUCUGGGUAUCGGCCUACUCACCAGCUUAAUAAGGUUGCAGUUGCAGGGUAACUCUCUGUCUGGAACAAUUCCAUCAGAGAUUGGCAAUCUUAGCAUGUUAUAUAUGUUAGAGCUUGGUAGGAAUAAAUUCAUUGGUCCAAUCCCUUCAGAGAUAUCAAAGCUAUCACUUUUGCAAGGACUUUCUCUUGGAGAGAAUUCUUUUGAAGGUGUGAUCCCUCAGCAGGUUUUCGAUCUGAAACAACUCACACAUCUAGAGUUGCAGCUCAAUAGAUUUGUUGGUCCAAUUUCAGAUGCCAUCUCAAAUCUUCAACUGCUCUCUUACUUAGAUCUACAUGGUAACAAGCUCAAUGGUUCCAUUCCAAGAGUCAUGAAGAGUCUUAAGCAGCUGCUGACAUUAGAUCUCUCCCACAAUCACCUAAGUGGAUCUAUUCCAGGGGAUGUGAUAGCGAGCAUGACAAGCUUGCAGUUUUAUCUUAAUCUGUCAAACAAUAUGUUGGUGGGUUCUAUACCGGAUGAGCUUGGGGGUCUGAACAUGGUCCAAGCUAUUGAUGUAUCGAACAAUCAUUUAUCUGGCAGCAUCCCGUCAGCACUCAAAGGAUGUAAGAACCUAUACUUGCUUGAUCUAUCCGUUAAUAUGCUAUCAGGUCAACUACCUGCCAAUGUUUUCCCUGAGUUCGACUUGCUUGCAAGCUUAAAUCUCUCAAAUAAUGAGUUGAGAGGAGAACUCCCUAGCAACAUGGCAGAUCUGAAGCGCCUUGUUUCUCUUGAUGUUUCUCACAACGAGUUCAGUGGAAGGAUUCCAGAGAGCUUAGCUAACCUGACAUAUUUAAGACAACUAAAUCUUUCCUUCAAUCAGUUUGAAGGUCCUGUUCCAGAAAAUGGCAUAUUUAGGAAUCUGAAGCUAUCUAGUUUGGAAGGAAACCCUGCUCUUUGUGGCUCAAAAUUCUUCUCUCCAUGCAAUAAGAAAAACCGUGGAUUUUCUCGUAAGGCACUUGUACUUACUGUCAUACUGUCAUCUCUUUUUCUGUUAUCGCUGUUGGUGCUUGUGUUUCUGAUCAGAUGCCAACGAAGCAAUAGAAAGCAAAACACAGAAGAUGUCGGACAUACAUAUGAGCCAUUGGUCAUCCCAAGCCUGAAAAGAUUCACCAAAAGUGAAUUAGAGAUCAUUACUGAUUUCUUCAGAGUAGACAAUGUUAUUGGUGGUAGUAAUUUGAGCACAGUCUACAAAGGCAGGCUGGAAACUGAUGGGCAGGUUGUAGCAGUGAAAAAACUGAAUUUGGAGCAGUUUCCUGCUGAGUCUGAAAAAUGCUUCUUCAGGGAGCUAGUGACCUUGAGCCAUCUAAGGCACAAGAAUUUGGUUAAAGUUGUGGGUUAUGCUUGGGAAACAGGGAAGCUAAAAGCACUGGUUCUGGAGUUCAUGGAGAAUGGGAACUUGGACAGCAUCAUACACAGUUCGGCACAUGAUCGAUUCAGGUGGACGCUGUAUGAGCGGCUGCGAGUUUGUAUCUCUGUUGCUAAUGGUCUUCUUUACUUGCACUCAGGCUAUGACUUCCCCAUUGUUCAUUGUGAUCUCAAACCAUCGAAUAUUCUUUUGGAUCAAGAUUGGGAGGCUCAUGUGAGCGAUUUUGGUACAGCCCGCAUGUUGGGUGUUCAUCUGCUGGAUGAAAGCAAGCAAUCCACAUCUUCAGUAUUCCAAGGCACCAUUGGCUACAUGGCACCAGAGCUUGCAUACAUGAAGAGAGCAACGACGAAGGUGGACGUGUUUAGCUUUGGAAUCGUUAUGAUGGAGUUCUUCACCAAGAGAAGGCCAACUGGGAUGAUCGGAGAGACGGAUGCAUCCCUAACACUGCAGCAGUUUGUGGAAAAUGCACUUUCAAGUGGACUUGACAGUGUUCUAGAGAUCAUAGACCAUGACAUGGAGCUCAUGACAGAGAUAGAAGAAGAAAAGGUCAUCCAUAUCCUCGAACUGGCCUUAUCAUGCACCUGCUUCUCGGUUGAGGACCGGCCAGACAUGAAUGAGGUGCUGUCCUCACUGUUGAAGCUAUGGAAAGAUUAGCUAGAGUCUCGCAUCUCCAUAUGUUCAAAGUUCAUGGUGGCUGCUAAUAAGCCUUCUGCAACCAAAUCAUAUAAGCUUGUUUCCAAGUUGGAAGUCCUUUUCCCUAUCAUGUAUAUUUGUUGCUUUUAUUAUGUGGUGUGGUAUAUUAGCUUUUUUCAUUUAAUUGACAAAUGUUGCUACAUUGGUUUGUCAAGUCCAAGCUUUAGUAAAGGAAAGGAAUGGCUAUAUCUUUAUUUUGCUUA